AUGCGUGCAAAAUACGCAUAUAUGCAGCCGCUGUCUCUGAUGCCCAUUGUUCCACCACAGCCUAUGCCUGAGUCUGACUUGGAAACAUGGCUUCGAUGUAUAAAGCAACGGGUGCGUGCAGUACUAAUGGAAAAUACUGUAUACCGUUCAACCCGUUUGCAGCCGCAUAGACCGACUGCAUUGAAUGUUGUGUCUGCAUAUACGUCUAUUAAUAUGCCUAUUUGUGCAUCAGAAGUAUAUGCAGAUGCAUAUAUACCGGUGGGUGAAGCGGGUGUAUGCGUAAGCGGGAAAAACAGUGGUAUAUUAGAACCAGUGAAAUUGGCCGUCGAUAAUUGGAUGCGUCGAAAGACCAAGUCGAAGCGCACAAAAGUGCCUACAGCAGGUGUACGCAAGAGCCAGCGUGUUGCAAAGCGUAAAAUGGCGGGUAUUCAGUGA